AUUUUUUGCGCAUCGAUAUUUCAAAAUAUUGAACAUUAAAGUUAGGUUUAUUCUGUGUCUUGAUUUUUUUAUACAAAUUUUUGUAAUGUAAUUUUAUAAUAUCAUUUAAAAUUAUAUUUUUUUCGUAUAAUUAUGUAUAAAUUAUAAAUUAUAAGUAAAUUAAUUUGGAAUUAUAUAUAGAUUCUAUGAAUUAGUUUCUAUGACAACCAAGUAAAAAACAAACAGAUCAUAAUGUACUUUAACUAAACAGCACUAACUGAUUAAAUAUCUAUACAAACUACUAGUUCAUACCAAAAAUAUUUUAAAUAGAAAUAAAAAAUAUUUUCAAGAAAAAAUAUUUUAAAUAAAUAAAUAUAAUGCAAAGACCACAAACUAGUACUGCUGUAUUACAAAAUAAAUUUGAAAGGUUUUACAAAGGAACAAAGAAUGAAUCAGUAGAGUUUUCUGGAAAUACUCGUCCAGGCACACCUGGUCAAAAUGUAUUGGCAAGACCACCAUCAUCCUUUGCUGCACUCAAUCAAGUAUCAACUGGUAAUUCACGUUUAAAUACAAUUAAUUCAAGUAAUUCUGGAGCAAGUAAUAUUACAUUUCCUUUGUCUGGUCAAAUGAAUAUAAAUAUUUUGGAAAGACCAAUCACUCAACAUGGAGUAGCAGGCCUUAGACCUGGAACCGGUAGAAAUUUGUCAAUGACUAGACAAAUUCAAGAUAAAAGAUAUUAUAAUGGACUUAUGCAAUUAAAAAUUAGAGAAUUAAAUCAAGAAAUUGCUGUUAUUAUGAAAGAUAUUGAAGAUCAAACUAAAGAAAGAGCUACUUAUCUGCAUUAUGAUAAGAGAGCCAAAGAUUUGGCUAUGGAAUUAACAGCUUUGCAAGGGCAAUUAGCUGAUUAUAAUAUCAUUGUAGAUAAAAUGACAUCUGAUAUUGGAAAAGAAAUUAUUGAAGAAGAAACUGAAAAACUUGCUAGAAAAAAUGAAGAAAUUUUAUCAAGAAUUGAAAAUAUGUUUGAAGAAAGAAAACAAUUAGAACAAAAGCUAACAAAAAUACAAAACCAAUUAGAAGAUGAAAAGAAAAGAACAGAACGACUUAUAGACAGUAUGGAUUCUGAUACGAAGGAAAAAUAUGAUGAAUUAUUAAAAGAAAAAAUAAAAGUGGAGGAAAAAGCAAAUGAACUGCAACAAAAAUUGGAUGAAUUGUACAAAGAACAACUUUAUUUAGAAGAAGAAAUAACAUUAUCUCCUUUGAAACAGGAAGCAGUUAAAUUACAUCUUAAAAUAAUAGAAAUGGAAGAAAAAAGAGAUAAAUUAAAAGAAGAAGAGAAACAAAGAAUUUCACCAGAAGAAGAAAAAGAAAAAUUAUUACAGAAAAUUAAGCAAGAUAAUAUGGAUAUUGCAGCUGCUGAAGCUCAAUUGUCUGAAAAAAAAAAACAAAUUCAAGAAACAGAACAAAAACUUGAACAAUUAGAAGCAGAUAUAGAAGAUACUCAAUCUGAAAAACAAAUUAAAUAUAAGGAACUUCGUAAACGAGAAGAAACCAUAGAGCAAUUUAUGAGUUCUUUUGAUCAAAAUAAAGAAGAUGAAAGUAAAAAAUUGCAUAAAUUAGAAAAUACAAUAGUUGAAUAUUUAGAAAAUAUUUCGAAUAUAUUAAAUAUUGAUAUUGAUUUUAUAGGAAAUGAUGAAAUGGCUAUUCUUAAUAGUUUACCAUCUUUCAAUGAAUAUGAAGAUAUUAACAAGGAUUGUAAUUUUGAAAAAUUAACAAAAGAAAAUUUAAAGUUGCAGCAAAUUUUUAAUAAAAUGCAAAUGUUAGAAGAAAAACUUAAAACAGAAUUUGCUGAAUUUAAUGAAAAAAUGACUGACAAAGAAAAUAAGUCAAUAAUUGUAGAAGAUAUAGAUACUUUGAAAACUAAAUUGACUUUAAAACAAGAUCAAUUAAUAGCAGAAUGUGAACAAUUGAAACAUGAACAAGAAAAAUAUGAAGAAGAGAUUAAAACAAUUCAAUCAGACUAUAAUGAAAUGAAACAACGUUUAGAAAAUAAUGAUAUAUAUGUUCAAGUUAGUACAUUGGAAAAUACUGUAGAAAAAUUGCAAAAAGAACAUAAAGAUAUUGAAGAAUUUAUUACCAAAGAAAAAGAACGUGGUAAUUAUAAUCCAGUAAAAAAAGAAACUUUUAAUACAAUAAAUAUUUAUAAUUCUAUGUUAAAAGAAAGUCUAAAAACUAUCUAUUAAUUAAAUUCUUUAUAACUUUGUUUGUUUCUAUUUUACCAAUAUUAGAGGAAAUAGAAAAUAAUUUGAUUUAUUGAUUUUUCAAUGCAA